AUGGAAAAAUCCAAAAAUUUCCGCAUCGACGCGCUGCUGGCUGUCGACCCCCCCAAGGCGGUGGCGGCGGCGGGGCAGAGCGCGCCGCUGGCCCUGGUCACCUCGCUGGGCGGCAGCGGCAGUAGCAGCAGCGGGAGCGGCAGCCCCCCGUCCUCGUCCUCCUCCUCCUCGUCCUCCUCCUCGUCCUCUUCAUCCUCCUCCGAGCAUCCCGCCGGCGGCCCCGCCGACUGCCUGCGCACCGACAGCCCCUCUCCGCCUCGCCUCCUGGCCGCCCACUGCGCCCUGGUCCCCAAACCCGGCUUUCUGCCCGCUACCGGCGCCGGCGCCCACCCGCAUCACCACGCCUCGGCGGCCGGCAUGGCCCUGGGACUGCACCCCGCGGCGCCCGGCGGGCCGGGCAUGCCGGCGCAGGCGGCCCUCUACGGGCAUCCCGUGUACGGGUACUCGGCGCUGGGCGGGCAGCACCCGGCCCUCUCCUACUCCUACUCGCAAGUGCAGGGAGCGCACCCCUCGCACCCCGCCGCCGACCCCAUCAAGCUCAGCGCCGGCACCUUCCAGCUGGACCAGUGGCUGCGGGCCUCCACCGCCGGCAUGAUCCUGCCCAAGAUGCCCGACUUCAACUCCCAGGCGCAGUCCAACCUGCUGGGGAAGUGCCGCCGGCCCCGCACGGCCUUCACCAGCCAGCAGCUGCUGGAACUGGAGCACCAGUUCAAGCUCAACAAGUAUCUCUCCCGGCCCAAGCGCUUCGAGGUGGCCACGUCGCUGAUGCUUACCGAGACGCAGGUGAAGAUUUGGUUCCAGAACCGGCGCAUGAAGUGGAAGCGCAGCAAGAAGGCGAAGGAGCAGGCGGCACAGGAGGCCGAGAAGCAGAAGGGGGGCGGCGGGGAGGACAAGGGGGAUGAGGACCUGCUGCUGCCCGCCCCGGAGAAGAGCAGCGGGAGGAGGAUGCGGGAACUGCCUGACAGCGAGCCCGAGGACGAGGAAGAGGAAGAGGAGGAAGAGGAGGCGGCGGCGGCGGCCGGGCGAUGCUGCCCUUACCACUCCUCCGACUGCUCCGAGGCGGACGAGGAGGACACGCAGCCCCGGGGCCGGCACGGAGCCCCGGUGCAGCCCCAGUGAGCCCCCCCCGCACGUCCCGCUCCCUCCA